AUGGCAUCCCUCAACAUCGCUGUCGGUAACACUAUUCCCAAGGGCACCUUCGGUACCGUCCCUUACUCUGAAGAGUUGGCUGAUCAUUCGGCGUGUGGUAUUCCAACUACCCUCUCUACCGACAGUUGGAAGGGCAAGAAGGUUGUUCUCUUCUCAGUGCCUGGUGCUUUCACCCCAACUUGUCACGUCAACCACCUCCCACCCUACCUUGCCAAGUACGAUGAAUUCAAGACUAAGGGUGUCGAUAUCAUUGCUGUCAUUGCCGCCAAUGAUCCAUUCGUCAUGAGCGGAUGGGGACGCGUUGAGGGACUGACAGACAAGAUAAUCACCCUCUCUGAUACCAAUGCUGCGUGGUCGGGCAGCCUUGGAUUACGUGUUGACCUCUCCGAGCGCGGGUUUGGUUUCCGCACUGCAAGAUACGCCAUGAUCAUAGACGACUUGGUUGUCAAAUACGUCGAGGUCGAACCUGGCCCAGGAGUAACUGUUUCUGGUGCUGACGCCGUAUUGGCCAAGCUGUGA